AUGCAGUUUGCAUAUUUGGCUCAUCUCUUUCUGCUCUUGUUUUUUGCGGGUGCCUCUAGCCAGCCUGCGGUAACUGCUGCGGCGAUCCCCUCGCAUCCGUCACAGACCGCAACUCUCCUCCUUGAUGUUCCUGAGACCAAUGGAGAAGGACACUUCACUAGUGAUCAAAAGGUUAAUUCUCCGAAAUCCGAAGGUGUCGAUGCGAAAGAAGGGAGAGGGAUCACUGUGCGCGCCCAAGGACACACUAGUGGCCCAUAUGAAGGAGAUGCCGUUUUAACAAACCAAGUUGGUGUUGAGGGCCAUGGUGUGCACGGUUUGGAUAGAGUCUCGGGUGAAGUGAUGAGUCAUGACGCUUCUAUGCCUAUUUAUGCUUCAAGUCCCGACAAAGUGAGGGGACUGCGAACGGCAGUGACGGCUCUGCUUUUUAUUGGAGGCUAUUUACUAGCCCAUAUCCUCGCCACUCCUGGAAAAUCAUUUUCCAAUGUGCUAGAAGUGAAAUCGUUGUUGACUUAUGAGAAUCGAUAUCUGGCCAGUGCUGCAGCCUCUGCUGGGAUGCUUCUUUCCGGGCUCGGAGAGAUUUUACAACAUAUGCUCUUUGGCAGGCCUCUACACGGACACCGCUCACGCCCACAGACGCACAGGCUAAAGAGGAGAAGAGGGCUGCCUCAAAUGUUCGUGGCAACUAUUUUAUACGUUAUGUGUAUUGGGGCUGCUGUUGAGCUGGGCCCACUUGCCCCAGUCUCACUAGUGUACCUGCAGACUCUCAGCUUAGUUGCUGCGGGCCUGUUUUAUUGGGGUGCGGCCCUUUACUUCGACCCCUUCGGCCUGAGCAGCAGUUAG